UGCAUACUGAUGUCAGGCUGGCGCGCGUUCGGAAGCGUGAUAAUCAUACAUGGAAGAGUGUUCGAGCAAGAAAUCCGUGAGCUUCAGCUUGAUAUCGAGCAUGUUCGACAACUUCUAGAGGCCGCUGAACGAGGGAGAGCCGUACUCGCGUCUAGGGUUGCCCGACAUCAAAUCCAGCGGAGCAGAACCAGGGCCGUCGAGGGCAAUCGCAGGUAG